AUGUGCGAAAGAUUGUAUAAAAAAAUAAAGAGUAUUGAGUGUGAGUCAAAUUUAUAUAUCUCAAAUAAUAAGGUUUUAUUUGAAACUAUAUAUAAUUUAAUAAAAGAAGGUGUUCCAAUACCAAGUGCUUAUUAUAUAAAUGAUCAUAUAGUAGAUAAAGAAACAGAAAGAUAUGUGUUAACCAAAUAUAUUUAUGAUGUUGAUGAUAUUAUAUAUAAAGUAGAGGCUCAUUCAAAAAUAAAAUUAGAAAAAUCUGUUAAUUUAAGAGUUAAAUUUAUAGAAAAAGAAUAUUUAAAAGACUAUGAAGUGGAAGAUUUCUAUAAAGAAGAUAAAUACAACAUAUUAGAUUCCUUACAAAUAUAUGUUUCACAUAAUCAUUUUGAAAAAAUAUGGAAUGAAUCUACUAUUCCAUAUUUUUUAAGUUGUUAUCAUGAUGAGGAAAAUUUCAAAAUACACACACAUAUUUUAGAAAAAGAUGAGUUUGGCUAUGAUUUACAAAUAGAACUUUAUGAAAUACCAGAUAAUCCUAUUAAGACAUUUCUCGUAGCAAAUCAUUUAUCAAAAAUUAGAGAGGCUUUGCAAUGUGGUCCUUUAAUGCACUUUUUUUUAACCAAAACAAACAUUCAGGAAAAUUCUUUUGAAAAGUUUAUUAUUAGAAAAAAUGAAGUUAUUUUUAUUUUAAAGAAAAAUGAUUAUUUGUUAGCUGUUAUUUCAAUACAUUAUGAAGAUGAAUAUGAUAAGUAUAUAGUACUUGGUUUAUGUAAAAAUAUUCAUUUAACAACUAAAACGAUGGAUUUAACUGGUAAUCUAGAUUGCUCUUUUUACACAGACUUUCCUUCUCACUUAAUAACACCCGAAUUCUUUGUAUAUAACAAUCUAGACAGAGAUAAUUAUGAAAAAGAAAAAUCAUAUUUAUCAUGGAGUAAUAAUUCAAGCCACAUAAAAAAUACAUAUAAGUUUAAUGAAAAUCAUUUUAAAAAAGAAGAUAAAGAAAAAAUAGAUGAGCAAAUAAAAGAAAAAUUAGAUAAUGAAGAACAAGAAGAUAAUAAGAAUAAUACAGAUACAGAAAAAAAAUGUAAUAAUUUUAUAGAUAAGAAAAAAAAUAAUAAAGAAUAUAUAUGUGAUGAUAAAAGUGGAGAUAUAAGUGACAAUCAAAUUUGUGAAGAAAAAGAAAUGAAAGUACCAAAUGUUGGAUUUAUAUCUCUACGAAUGGAUACACAAUUAUUUAAUAAUUGUAGAGAUUUUUCUGAAUUAAUUCAAAUAUCUAGUAGAAUAUCUCAUAUUAUAGUUUCUUUUAGAGAUUUUUUAAAUAACUCACUUGUAUUAUAUAGAAUUAAACAAAGGAGAACCUUUUAA